GGCCCGCAGGGCCCGGGGGCGGGGGCCGGCGUGCUCUUCAGCAGCGGUAUGGGGGCAGCAGGAGACCGCCCCCCCACACACACACCAGGGGGAGAGAGCGGCUGCGCCCCCUGCUGCCCGACCCUUCGCGUCCGCGUCGGGUGACCUAGAUUACUGAGACCGAGACUUCACCCCAGGUGUCCAGAGGCGCUUUCCUGUCAUCCCUCCCCUCCACCUCUGUCGCCAUUUCGCUCGCACCUGUCCCUGGGAUCCGGUGCCCAGGGUCACCCUUGCAAAGUAGACAGGUUCCUACGGAAUCUCCACCCGCCUGCUGCCCUCCAAUCCUCCACUCCAGGAAUGGGGCGGAGGGAAGACCCUCACCAGGAAAGACCCUCCUGUAAAGCCCCCCUCCUCCACCAUGUGGCCCUCUGGACUACCCGCCUUCCCUGAUCUCUAGGCCAUCUUCCUUGGUCCCAGCCUGUGCUCCUGGGGCCUUCCAGUCCGCUCCACUUGCUCUCGUCUCCCCUGUCGCUGUUUUCGAGGUGUUCUCUUCCAGCCUCUUUGCUGACUUUCUCCUCCCCGUGACCCCUUUUCUCCCUCCCCCCCCCCCAGCCAGGAAAAAGGCGUGCGUGAUGCUGCUUUCUAUUUAUGGUCCCCCUGGGGAGGGGUGCGCUAUAGGAUUUUUUUGGCAUCUGCUGGGCCCGGAGUCACGAGGUGUCAUGUCUGUGAUUCGGUGUCUGUGCCUCCGCCCGCUCCCCUCACUCAUCUCCUGCGGCUCCGCAUCUCCCUGUCGCCUUUGUCUCCUUUCAGCCUCUGUUCCUGUCCCUUUCGCUCUCAUCUUCGGGCGCUUUGUGUAGCUGCCUUCUUUGUCUCCGCCUCUCCGCGUCCCUACUCCCUUCCCUCCCUCUCCUCACUCUCCUCCCUCCCUGGGUUCCGAGAAGCCUCCGGCCUCAAGGGCGUCAAUAUCUCAGGACCUAUGAACAGCUGGUUCAGAUCGCCUGGAGAUGCAGUGGGAGCCAGGAGCUAACCUGCUCAUCUCUAGGGCCCCUUGUCCUCAGGACCUGCUGCAAGGAGCCUGGGUAAUGAAGCUGGAUGCCGGCAGUGGCGCUGCCAUCGCAGAGGUCCCUAAGCCUGAAACGGAGGCUGCACCAGAUGCAAAGCCGAGCUCCGAGACCCGGCCACAGGCCAAGUCCAGAGGGCUUGAGGCUGAGGCCGAGCCUCUGCGGGCCAACUCAGGGCCUGAGGUCAAGGGUGAGUCCUUAGGAGGCAAGCCCAGGUCAGAACCAGGGCCUGAGGCGGAGGCCGAGCCAUUGGACUUCGUGGUGGCCACAGAACGGGAGUUUGAGGAGGUGUUGGCCAUUUCGGGGGGCAUCUACGGUGGCCUCGACUACCUUCCCAGCCGCUACCACAGCUGGCUGCAGGAUCCCGACCGCACGGUGGUGCUGGCCAAGCGCAACGGAGGAGUGAUCGCACUGGAGUCGGUGAACGUGAUCGACGCUGGGGAGACGGCGCUGGUGGAGGGGCUGCGCGUGGCGCCCUGGGAGCGUGGCAAGGGCGUGGCCGGGCUGCUGCAGCGCUUCUGCUCGCAGCUGGUCAAGCGACAGCACCCGGGGGUCAAGGUGGCACGACUCACCCGAGACGACCAGCUGGGCCCCCGGGAGCUGAAGAAAUACCGCCUAAUCACCAAGCAGGGCCAGCCCUCUCGCUCGCCCUGGGCUCACUCGUGCCCCCCGCAGGGCAUCCUUUUGGUCCGAUUCAACGCGUCCGCGCUACUGGCUGGGCUGGGCGCGCGGCUGGCAGCGCUACGGACCUCCGGUACCUUCUCGCCACUGCCCACCGAGGCUGUGUCCGAGGCAGGCGGCGACGUGGCACGCCUCUUGCUAUCGCCCUCCGUCCAGCGCGACGUGCUUCCGGGUGGGACCAUCAUCCAGGACUGGCAGCCCUACCGGCCAAGCGAGAGCAACCUGCGCCUGCUGGCGUCCAAGGGCCUGGAGUGGCGCGUGGACAGCCGCGCGCGCCCCCGCGUGCUCACGCUGUGCACGCGCCCCUUCCCCAUCCCGCAUGGCGGCGACGGCACUUGGCGCUACCUCAACAUCGACGCCUUUGGCAGCGACGGCGCGCAGGUGCAGAGCCAGCUGCUGUGGCACCUGCAGCGCCAGGCCCCGCGCCUCGCCGGUCUCAACGUCAUGUGCCAGCUCUUCCUGGCGCCCCAGCUGUGGUCACAGCUGGCUGAUUUCUGCCAAGUCGGCCUGGGGCUAGAGCUGGUCAAGGGUUACACUGAACAGUACCUGCUGGAGGCCGACAUCUGAGGCCUCAGGGCGGAGAUAGGCUGCACUUUAGAACCGCCCUCUCGCGCUGAUCCUGAGUCAGCCCCGCCCCUGCCAUUUCAAAGCUCCGCCCCCUUAGAAGUCAGCUCAGAUUCCUACCCACCUUGCCCUUUCUCCUCACCUCUGCCAUCUUGCCUCUCGUGUCCCCAAAUGCCCUGACAUGGAACGCUAGAUUUGGGGGAGCCCCCUGGGCUGCUAUUAUCCACCCUUUCCGCUUUCAAAGAACUGGUCCCUUCGCAGACUUCAGAGUCCUACCCAGUCAUUGCUCCGGCCUGAAAUGAACCCGCCCUUCCUGCCUCCUCGUGGAUGGAAGCGAGCAGAAGGGUGUGCCCCGCCCGAUCUGUGUUUCUUUCCUUUCUCCUGCCCUUUCCAAAGCCCUCAGAGCCGGCCCUGCGUUCUUCUCACUGUCCCCUCAGCCUCAGGUGCCUCUAGAUCAGUGUCCUCUUCCCACUUCUCUCUGUCCCCUAUCCUCCUCCCUGGAGCUCCCUGACUCUUAACUCCUCAGUGCCCAUUUUCCUGUCCCUCGGUCCCCCUUCGCUGUGACCUCCUCAUCGCUGACCUAGUGUGCGAUGUGGAGAGACGCCACGUAAGGGAAAUGUGUUUAUAAUGCUCCCCCAUUCGGCUCCCUGUCUACCUUGGUGAGGCACUUUCCUGAGCCUGCCCCUCUGUCUGGGGUUUCCUCCAACUUUGCUUGCCCUUGCAGUUUCGCCAGGCUCCUCCCCCAGGUCCCCAACUCACCAGGGGGCUGGAGAGUUUGGUGCAGUGGAGGGCGGGUCCCUCAGCCUGGCAUGGGGGCUGUCUCCUGGUUCCAACCAGGCUGCCUUCUAGUGAGACUGGAACGCUACCUCCCAGUAUUUCUGGACACCGCUCCCUUCUUCUGGAUCAUUUAUGCUUCUUGGACUUUGAGAGUCUUCUAUUUAAAUGCAAGUAGUAACAGCUGCAUUUGCACAGCGCUGUCUCCUACACCAGAUCCCCACAUCCAAGGCAGAGGGAGGAAACAGGCUCAGAAAGAUCAAAGUGACUUCUAAGUCACUCACAGUAGCUGGGAAUCUCCCAGGGAGAGAACCCAGAUGGCCCAACCCCAGAGAUUGCCCCAGAACCUCACUCUGUGUGAUGGUGUUAGCUUGAACACUGGACAAGGGACAAUUGACAGGCAAAUGUUGACAGCCAGGGUUUGCUGGGGAUGGAAUCCAAGCUGUGGGCAGGGGAGGGCCCAGGAUGGGGAAGGUGGGCAAAGGGGACAGCUACUGCUUGACUACUUUCCCCAGCUGCAGUUUUUCUGUCGUGCUGCUCUGCUUUGGCUGCCUCCUGCGCCUGGCCAUGCUGCCACCCUUCUCACUGCCACCAAGGCUGUAAGGCAAUAAAAUGAACCUUUUGCCCAC